AUGUCUAUCGAGACCUGCGCUAUAUAUUGCCAGUUAUCUAAACAUGGGUGGUAUUGGGGUGGAAUUACAUCUAGCGAAGCUGAAGAACUAUUGGCUGAGCAUUGUGCAACAGUUGAUGUGAAGUCAAAUUUAUUUGAGAUGCCAGUCAAAUUAGCAAGGCCUCUCAACAGAUUUGCAAAACUAGACUCAUUACAAAUGAUCUGCAGAUUUGUCAUAAGACAAACAGUUGCCACAGACAUAUGGCAUAAGUUACCAUUACCGCCAAAUCUCAUAUCUUAUGUUACUUUGGGAAGUGAUUACAUUGUUCCAUCA